UGAAGGAGGAUGCCUCUCAGGACCUUCAAAUUGUGUCUGAUUAAAGUCCCAGCAUUCCCAAGACCUCUGCUCCUCCGGCUCAGCAGUUCAGCGGCGUUAGCGGUCCUCUUCCUCUGCUGUGGCGCCAUCUGCAGGUGGUACGUUUUCUUACAACGGGGCUGCUAGCAGCAUAACAAGGCCGACUAACUGAAGUGACCACAACAGCCCACCCACAGUGAGAGUAAAUGAAUACAGCAAAGAGGUUCUCCAUAGCCAAAGUGGCUGCAGUUUUCAUCAGAUUCUCUAUGAGAUUAAAGAGCAGUGGUGGGAGACCUUCAGCUCCACUGGGCUCACGGAUUCUGACCAAUCCUGAUGACAUCUUUAAGCACAACAUGUGGGAUCAUGUGCAGUGGACAGAGGAGGACCUAGAAAUUGCACGGCAGAAGGCUGAAGAAAAUUCCUGCGUACGACUUCCUUUAAAUGAACAAGGUAAAUUUAUCACAGCAGCUUGCCAAUGCUGGGACCAGUUUUAUGAGACUCACCAGGACAAGUUCUUCAAAGACCGCAGGUGGCUGUUUUUAGAAUUCCCUGAGCUGCUGCCUUCAGGUGCAAAAGGCCAGAGUACAAACAUGUGUCAGGGUCAUCAGCAAGCAGCCACCCCACUAUGUAGUGCAUCCAGCAUGGCCAUCGAGGGGGGACAACAUCAACAGGGCAAUCCCACUCACCAUCACAGGAAUACAGACCCCUUUAACUUUCAGGAGUCCUGCCAAGAAGCAGUGCGAGAAACAAAUGAAGCUGCUGUAGAGAAUUCUGUUUUUCCUGGACAACAUGCAUCUUUCAGGAUCCUGGAGGUUGGAUGUGGAGUUGGUAACAGUGUAUUUCCUAUCGUAAAUAACAUCAAAGAAACAGACUCAUUUUUAUACUGUUGUGACUUCUCGCCACGUGCCAUUCAGCUGGUUAAGGACCACCCAGACUACAAUGACUCGGUGUGUCAUGCCUUCGUCCAUGACAUUUGUGACAAAAUGGCCACCUUUCCAUUUCCUCCUCAGAGCCUGGAUGUUAUUCUGGCAGUAUUUGUGCUCUCCUCCAUUCAUCCAGAGCGUUUGCAAGGAGUUGUGAACCAUCUGUCUGCCUACCUGAAACAUGGAGGCAAAUUCCUUUUCCGUGAUUAUGGGAGAUACGACUUCUCACAACUCCGGUUUAAGAAGGGACGGUGUUUAUCAGAAAAUUUCUACACACGUGGAGACGGAACCUGCGUUUAUUUUUUCACAAAAGAGGAGGUUCAUAAUUUGUUUUCCAAAGCUGGACUGGAAGAAAUUCAGAAUCUAGAGGACAGACGACUACAAGUGAACCGAGGAAAGAAGGUUGUAAUGCGCCGGGUGUGGAUGCAGAGCAAGUACGGGAAACCAUAUCCACCUUCACCUUCUUAGCAUUCCUUCAUUCACAGCUUUAACUGGAACUAUAUUUUUUCAUAUAUACUUUUUUUAUACUUAAACUGGAUUAUUCAGUCCUAGUAAUGCAUUUUUGUUGAUGGUUGGGGGUAAAAUAUGUAUGUGAGCAAUAAAACUCAAU